CCGUGGGCUCGCAGCCGGACGCGGGAUCCCCGCGCUACCAGGAAAACUAUGAACGAAUGAAAGCAUUAGUGACUGAACUCCAAGAGCAAGCAGAGAAAAUCAGACUAGGAGGUGGAGAAAAGGCUCGAAAGCUUCACACAUCAAGAGGGAAGCUGUUACCUAGAGAGAGAAUUGACAGACUUGUAGAUCCAGGAUCUCCAUUCUUGGAGUUCUCCCAGUUUGCAGGUUACCAGCUGUAUGGUAAUGAAGAGGUACCAGCAGGAGGCAUUAUCACAGGCAUUGGACGAGUGUCAGGAGUUGAGUGCUUGGUAGUUGCUAAUGAUGCAACUGUCAAAGGUGGUACCUACUAUCCAAUCACAGUAAAGAAACAUUUACGGGCUCAAGAAAUUGCAAUGCAAAAUCAUCUCCCAUGUCUAUAUUUAGUUGACUCCGGAGGAGCAAACUUGCCCCGCCAAGCAGAAGUAUUUCCUGAUCGAGAUCAUUUUGGUCGCAUCUUCUAUAACCAAGCAGUUAUGUCCUCACAAGGAAUUCCACAGAUAGCAGUAGUGAUGGGAUCCUGUACAGCAGGAGGAGCAUAUGUACCUGCAAUGGCUGAUGAAAGUAUAAUAGUUGGCAAACAAGGAACAAUAUUCUUGGGAGGGCCUCCGUUGGUUAAAGCAGCAACAGGUGAGGAGGUGUCAGCAGAGGAUCUUGGAGGCGCUGAUCUUCACUGCAGAAAGUCUGGUGUAACUGAUCACUAUGCUUUAGAUGACAGUCAUGCACUUCAUCUAGCUAGGAGAGCUGUGAGGAAUUUAAAUUACCAAAAGAAAGUUGAUGUAAAUAUAGAACCAUCAGAAGAACCUUUAUUUCCCGCUGAUGAAUUAUAUGGAAUAGUUGGGGAUCAGCUUAAAAGAAACUUUGAUGUCAAAGAGGUCAUUGCUAGAAUUGUAGAUGGAAGUAAAUUUGAUGAAUUCAAAGCUUUAUAUGGAGACACUUUAAUCACAGGAUUUGCUAGAGUAUUUGGUUACCCUGUAGGAAUUAUCGGCAACAAUGGAGUUCUCUUCUCUGAGUCAGCAAAGAAGGUAAGCAUGAUACAGUGAGCUUCUCUUUAAAUUU